UGUCGCCCUGGUCUUUGGGACAGCGUCUCACACAUCAUCUCUAUAGCUUCACCAACUGGGAAACUAACUCACCUGCAAUCUCUCCAACCAAAUAACCCCCCAACGUUUUUGACUACUGCCAUCUGACAUGGAAACCCAGCAAAGGCACGGACACCACUCACUUUGCCACACCUGCCGGAGAACGGAGAACAGCAGAAUGAAGGUCAAGAAGAUGUCUUCAUCCAGUCGUGCGCUGCUGUUUGCCUUGGCCCUGACGCUCUACGCUGUGGAAAUGGCCUCGGCAGAGACGUUGUGUGGGGGAGAGCUGGUGGAUGCGCUGCAGUUUGUCUGUGAAGACAGGGGCUUCUAUUUCAGUAGGCCCACCAGCAGGGGUGCCAGACGGGGCACCCAGAACCGUGGGAUAGUAGAAGAGUGUUGUUUCCGUAGCUGUGACCUCAACCUGCUGGAGCAGUACUGUGCCAAACCCGCCAAGUCCGAAAGGGACGUGUCGGCCACCACUCUACAGGUCAUACCCGUGAUGCCCGCACUAAAACAGGAAGUCCCAAGGAAGCAGCAUGUGACCGUGAAGUAUUCCAAAUACGAGGUGUGGCAGAGGAAGGCGGCCCAGCGGCUCCGGAGGGGUGUCCCCGCCAUCCUGAAGGCCAGAAAGGUUCGGAGGCAGGCGGACAAGAUCAAAACCCAAGUAAUCGUACACAGGCCCCUGAUCAGCCUGCCCAGCGAACUGCCGCCUGUCUUGCUCGCCACGGACAACUAUGUCAACCACAAAUGAGCCCGCUGCCAGCCCUUUGCACAGACAAGAGUUUGGAUGGAGAAAAAAAAGACUAGGGGAUUAUAGCUUUGUCUCUGACGUCAUUUCUGUGGCAGUCCUCUUUGACCUCCCCUGCCCUGUCCGAGCCCACCAAUCCCUCCCCCUGCUCUCAUCUACUACUUCUUGACCCCCUGGCCCUUUUUCUACUGCACCCCCACCCUCAACCCUCCCAACCCACCCUCCUCCGGCACACAGACAUGCCUUCACAUUCUUCCUGUCUGAACUCUUUCGCUCCCUCUCUCUUUCAGUCACUGACACAAAAGGCACAAACACAAAUGAUGAACAAAAAGUUAACAAUUCGGCUGAAUGCAAUUCAGGUGGAUCCUUAAGCAAAACAGAAAAGGGAAGGGAGAAAAGACGAUGAAAGAGAUCAAUGGUUUGCAAGUGUCAAGAGGACACCCAGCGGAAUGUUUUUUGUCCUUGUGGAAGACAACUGAAAGUGAAGCAGCUUGCAUGAAAGAAUCCAUUCCACAUCUUUUUUCCUGAGGCGAAAAGAAAAUCUCUGUUAGUUCUUUUUCUUAUUAGUUUGCACCUCUACCUAUAAAGGGACUUCCACACUGUAAGGAAUUAUUUUGUAAAAUUAGAUUCCUGCUCCAGCACCUUUUGAUCACAAACAAAAAGCAGAAAAGAGUCUGCAAAAUUGCACAUUGCCACGGAUUACGUCAAAGUAAAGAAAAAAAUGGCACUAUUUUUUUAUGAACAAUGAACGUGUAGCUUAAAAAAUGUCAUGGUGCUAGCUUUGGGAAUGGACUCGAAGAGGUUGAAAAGCACGUUUUUUUUCUUUGAAUGAAUAUUAAAGCUUUCCGUUUUAAGGAAAGUGUGACUUUUUUUUAAAAAAAAAAAGGAAAAUAAAGGAUAUGGGGGAGCUCCUGGCAGUGGCAAUGUCAAGGGGGAAGUGUCACGAAGAAAAGAUAUGGGCUGUCUUGGCGUCUAGGCUCACAGCGAGUGCUAGCGGCUGCUCAUCAAAAGCUUGCCAGCAUAAGCGGCAAGGGGGACCUGAGACCCAGUCCCUGAUCCUCCUGUCCCUUUGAGGCUGCUGGACACAGGGAGCAGUGUGGGGACAUAUAUGGGACAUCAUGGACCGCCUGGAUUUGGACAGUACUACAGUUCUGGGACAGUACUUCCUGGUUGCCAUGGCUUUGCGGACUGCUCUAACAGGAAGUAACAUGGCAUGGACAAAGAGCGAGUGGGAUAAUAAUGAUUAUAUUUUAUGUUGUCUUUUUUUUCUGUUUUCUUUUCAUAUCAAUGUUUUAAAUGAGAAAAAAAGGAAAACCCAGUCAGUUUCUGGUACCGUGACAUUCCUGUUUUUCCAAGUUAGGCAUUUUUUUUUUUUUUUUUUUGGUUUUAUUGUUAUUAUGUUAUUUUACAGUUCUAAAGAAAGGCACAAAAUUUUGAUUCAAAGGGAAAAAAACAGCAAUAAUGUCAACUAACAUUUUAUUUUUAUUGUAUAUCAGUAGUAUUCACAUGCUUUUGCCUGAAAACAAAUACUUGAAUAUAUAUAUAUACAUCUAUAUAUAUAUAUUAUAUAUAAAUAUAGAUAUAUAAUUAGUUUCCAGGGACGUUGUGUUAUUUUCCUUUAGUCUGAGCUGUAUCUUGCGUAAUGAGCCGCCAAGCUUUUUUGUUUGUUUGUUGAAAUACAAAUAAGGGCACUGUAUAAAGGCAUUAUUUAUUUUGUUAUAAAGUAUAUUUGAAAAAUUGGUCCAAAUAAUAUACGUAGCACUGAUGCUCAACUGACGGAUUUAUUUUGUAUGAUCUCUGUUUUCCAAUUGGAGUUGUAAGGCUUUUUUGUAGAUGCUUUGUACCAAAAAUAAUGUCUUUUUUUCUUUUCAUUUGCCAUAGUUACUUUAAAUUAAUAUUUUAACAGCAGCAUAGCCUGGAUCGCUUAGGCAUGUUAUGUCACAGAAAUAGGCACAUACUCUGAAUACGACGGUCUGCAUGGAUUUCCAGAAGCCUGUCAGGGUUAUCUGUGAACAGGAAAGCAUCAAUAAGUGACUUUAUUAUUGGAAAAAUAACUGUUCAACAUUGAUUGUACUCAACCCACUAUGUUUUGAAGCCACUUUAGUAUUGAUGGCGGGGGGAAUGAUCAGUCCUUCAUUAAAUAAUGUCUUUUUAAAUUGUGCAUGGUGUCCUAUGAUCUUCUAAGGAGCAUCUUGCCUAUGUGCCAGUGCCACUCAUGGUGUCACAUGUUGGAUGGGUCAUACAGGCCAUACAUGUCCAGUCAGUUCUAGGUUAAGGGUAACUUACAUGUGACUUGCACAAGUCACUUUUGCUGGCAGUUUUCAUCAAACUAAAGGUCAUUGUCUACCACUGAGAGUCUGUGAUCACACCUUGGCUACACCUCACUUUCUUUCUUUCUUUCUUUCUUUCUUUCUUUCUUUCUAUCUAUCUAUCUAUCUAUCUAUCUAUCUAUCUAUCUAUCUAUCUAUCUAUCUAUCUAUCUAUCUAUCUAUCUAUCUAUCUAUCUAUCUAUCUAUCUAUCUAUCUGUCUAUCUAUCUAUCCUUUUCUGCCUCUUUGUUUUUAAAGACAAUGCUCCUGAUCACAAGCAUUAACAGUAUGCAUCUGUAUUUGCAUUGCGAGUGCUGGGGUAUUCAGGGUCGUUACAGCUUGCCGUUUAACCCCCGUAAUUUCCCUGUCGUCAUCCACCCAUUAUGCAUUUGAGGAAGGGCUAUCACGCUAAACUUUUUCUGAAGCAGACAAAGCACUCAGGAAAAAAAACAAAAACAAUCUAUGCUCUCCGAGGGAGAAGUGGCGUACUUGCUGAGUGUAUGCGAUAAUCUUGUUGUGGAAGGGCAGCUGAGGUUGUUAGCCAUACCUGGCCACAAUGAUACAGCUCUUUGUGACAAACCACUGAAGCCCAUGUCAGAAACAAGGUCAUUCUAUGCCACAUUAUAGUUUCCUCCUUUAUUGUGUCAUGCAUAACCCCAUGAAAUGCAGACUUAAUGGAUACUCGCCAUAGUGUGGUGUGAAGCCAAUAUUUUAUAUCUUCUUUCUGUCAGAGAGAUCUCAAUUAUCAAGACUGCGUCCUGUCUCUAAUUAUAUUCUGCUUCAGUUGUGCAACAAAGCAGGCAGUGCAAUUAUUAUUUUUGUUAUUAUAUUAAUAUUAUUAUAAUAUUUUCUAUUUUAUUCUACAUUUCCUGCUAGGACUGCAUUCAUUCACUAUUGUAAAGUUCAAACAGGCUACUCUAGUGUUCUUAUGAAUGGCGUGAAAGACAACCACUUCUUUUCGCUGAAUAUGAAGAGAUACCUUGCCGAGCAAUGGCAACUUUUUCUGUGUCAGUAGCUCACUCAGCCUGUGUGUAUUUUAUUAAUUUAACCUCUGCACGCUAAAACGUCCGAAAUGCACAAUUCAUGUACUUUCAUUUUUAAUAUCAAUAAAAAAAACAUUUUAUCAAACGUA